CCGUGAUUCAACUGGUGACAAACAAAGCCUUGCCUUUAGUUGACAAAAGCAAAGAAGUUAGAUAGAAAAUCUUAAACUUGUCCUCAGAUCUCUCUCAGCUUUCUUCUUUUUUUAGUCUCACGACACACACACAGUAACACAUAGUUUAUUUCACCUAUAAAAGAUUUUUUUUAAAAAAGAAAAAGGAAAAAUAUAAAAAUGGGAGGUGGGAAGUGGGAAUUGAGAUGGAUGAUAGUGAUGGUGUUAAUAUGUAUAACAACAAUAACAACAGAAGGAAUAUGGUUGGAUUUGCCAAAUUCAGGAACAAAGUGUGUAUCUGAAGACAUACAUAACAACGUUGUUGUUCUUGCUGAUUACUCUCUUAUUAAUAAUCAAGAAGAUUCUCAUCUUCAUCCCCCUGCCACUAUUUCUGUUAAGGUAACAUCGCCAUAUGGAAACACACUCCACCAGAAAGAGAACAUGACUCAUGGGCAAUUUGCAUUUACAACUAGUGAAUCAGGAAACUACUUGGCAUGUUUUUGGGUAGGUGGGAAUCAUCAAGGUGGUGCUUUAACGGUUAGUCUCGAUUGGCGGAUUGGUAUUGCUGCAAAGGACUGGGAGUCGGUUGCGAAGAAAGAAAAGAUCGAGGGUGUCGAAUUCGAGUUGAGAAAACUCGAAGGUGCUGUGGAAGCUAUCCAUGAGAAUUUGAUCUAUUUGAAGAACAGGGAAGCUGAGAUGAGGGAAGUGAGUGAAAAGACAAAUGCAAAGGUGGCUUGGUUUAGCAUUAUGUCUCUUGGCGUUUGCAUUGGAGCUGCGGUUUUGCAGGUGUGGUACCUGAAAAGAUUUUUCCACAAGAAAAAACUCAUUUGAAAAUUAUACAAUUUUAGAUUGUAUCUCGCACACGGUUAAAAGAUAGAUUUUGAGAUGUGAGAAGACCUGUAGAAAUUGAUAUAAUUGUUGUAUUGUAAUGUACUAGAUAAAGUUCUCAAGUAAUUCAAGCAGGCCACUUUCGGAUUUCA